AUGUCGUCCCAGCAGCCCCUGGAGGGCAGGCAGUCCCCUGCUGCAAGCAAGAGCGAGUCGGACUUCGAGCACCGCUUUGCCGAAUACGACCACCACCUCGGACCGCAGGUCUUGGCCGCCGCCGACCCGGAGCCGAGACGCCUGCCUCCGCAGACAACCAUCUUUGGCACCGAGAUGCAGGAAUACGAGCCCCCAAAGCGCGACAGCCGCUUCGUGCAGGCCUGGCGCUGGCUCAAGGGCCACCCGUACCUCGCUGCGGCGGCGCUGACGGGGUUCAUCGGGCUGGUAUCGCUCAUCGUGCUGCCGAUAGUGCUGCGCGACCUCGACCAGCAGACCCCGGACGGCACUAACACGCCCUCAAACUCGACAAUUCUCCCAACGACAUCGAGCACAAUCCCACCCCCAGGAUCAACGACAUCGCCCACCCCGACCUCUUCAUCAACAGCCGUAAGUCUUCCCCUCUUCCCCCAUGUUCUCCUCAUCUCCCUUGCCCUGGCAUGUGUCGCUGAACCCUCCCUACCACAGGUCCCUACAGAGUGCCUCUCCACGGCCUUCUUCAUCCCCGGCGUCUCCUUCAUGGGCAUCCGCGACGGCUCCGACUGGCAGUGGACCAGCCUCUCGCCCCGCUCGCCGACGCCCGAGUCGUGCUGCGCCGCCUGCUUCGCCAUGUCCGCCUCCCGGCGGUGCAACUCGUGGUCCUGGAACCCCGUCGGCAACCGCUUCACCCCUUGCACGGCCAAUUACGGCUGGGACAAGGGCGUCCGGCCCGACGGCCAAUGCCCCGGCGGAUAUGCGCAGGUGUUCUUCGAGACGGACGGAGAUCCGAACAAGGCUUUUGGUGGCGCGGGCCCUUGCGGUGCCGUUUCUUGA